UUGACCACGAAGAAAAAAUAUAUCAACGUAGCGUUUGCCGGUAUGCAGCAUCAGGUGGUACAGUCGCUGUUGGUAGCUCUCCUUGCCAUCCUCGUCAGAUGGUGCGUGUCUUUGUGCAAGUACUCAGGGGCUGGCAAAGGACCUAUGUUUGGUGACUAUGAGGCUCAGCGACACUGGAUGGAAAUCACAUACAACCUGCCUGUACAGGAAUGGUAUAAUCAAACUGCUAGAAAUGACCUGCAGUAUUGGGGACUGGAUUAUCCCCCCUUGACUGCCUACCAUAGCUGGAUAUGUGGCUACAUUGCAAAUAUGAUCAAUCCAAACUGGGUAGCGCUGAAGACUUCCCGAGGAUUUGAAAGUCCUUCACACAAGUUGUUCAUGAGAUAUACAGUGUUAGCGGCUGAUAUCCUGUUCUUCUUCCCAGUAGUGUUUCUAAUGUUCAUGAAAAAUGGACAAACCAAAUAUGCUGUGAGUAAGAAUUGUAUCCUGGUGUUGCUGUACCCUGGCCUCAUCCUCAUCGACCAUGGACAUUUCCAAUACAACUGCAUAAGUCUUGGAUUUGUACUAUUUGCUGUUUUGAUGAUCGGCAAGGGUCGUGAACUAUGGGGAUCUGUUUUCUUUGUCUUGGCGCUCAACUACAAACAAAUGGAGCUGUACCACGCCUUCCCAUUCUUCUUCUACCUACUUGGGUUGUGCCUCAGGAAGCAAGACCAGAACGGGUUACUGCGACUAAUAAAGAUAGGUGUCACAGUCCUUGCUACGUUUGCUGUCUGCUGGGCUCCGUUUCUUUCCAACCAAGAUACAGCCCUCCAAGUGCUUCACCGGCUAUUCCCCUUCAGCCGAGGCCUAUACGAGGACAAAGUGGCUAACGUUUGGUGUAGUUUAUCAGUUGUGUUCAAACUAAAGACCAUUCUUACCAGAGAUCACCUCGUAUUGCUGUGCUUGGCAUCUACAGUACUGAUGUGUCUACCAUCAUCACUGAAUCUCCUGUUCAAACCAAGUUUUCUGAGAUUUAAAUAUUCAUUAAUAAAUUGUUCCUUGGUGUUUUUCCUGUUUUCAUUCCAAGUUCAUGAGAAGAGUAUACUAAUUGCCGCAGUAAUCGUAAACCUGUUCUCUGUACGGCUACCGUUCUGGAAUCUCUGGUUUACCAUCAUAUCAACAUUCAGUAUGCUGCCUUUGUUGUUGAAAGAUGGAUUAUUAAUACCUUACAUCGCGACCACCAUUUUAUACAUCAUCAUUUGUCGCAGUACAACUCCUGUGUUUGUGUUGCCUAGCGAUGACUAUAAACCACAACGUCGCCUACAAAAGUUAACAUUUUACUUGUCGAUGUUUGGGGUGAUCAGUCUGACAGCGUUGUCCGUGUUUGCGGUACCGCCACCCAAACUCCCAGACUUUUUCCCUGUCCUGGUUUCCGUAUUUUCCUGCUCUCAUUUCCUCUUGUUUCUCGUCUACUUUCACAUCAGACAAUUCCAGUGUAAAGAUGCAGAGACGGUAGAUGUAUCUCACACUCCCUAUACCCAACUCAAAAAGAAGCAGUAGCCAAAACUAAGGCUUUAAUGAUAUAUAUUUUUCUAAUUAGAGAUCUGUUCCCAUGUAAUGGUAUUGUUUUUGUUUCUAUAUGAAAAAUAAGGUAUCUAAAUUUAAGGAUACAUAUCUAAUUUGAUGCAGCAUUCCAAACCCCUGUAACCACUACUUAUAAACUGAUAUUUUGUUCGUAUCAUAAUUUGUUAUUGUUGAUUUCACCCUCAGAUGACAGAUUUACAUUAGUGUCUGAGACACUUGUUUCUGCCUCCAUUCUGUAACUGUUGGUUUUCUCAAUGAAAUGUAUUGUUAUUUGAAAAAUAUUUAGUUUUAACCUGAUUAAACCACAAAAAUAUUGCAAUGAAAGAAAUAGAAAUGAAUUGAAGAAAAAUAUAUCUUAUAGAAAACUAUUACAGAAAAUAUGCACAGAAUGGGUCUAGUCGUUUAUGCAGACAAACUGGUUUGUCUAUUUUUUGGUGUAAUACUUUUGGGAUACACCUAACUGACCUUCAAAUGUUAAUAGAGGGCUUGAAAGUCUUUAGCAAGGCUCGCCAGAAAGGAACAUCAAAUCACUGGGUCGGUUCCACUUUCAUAAACAACUCUGGUCUAAUCAAUUGGAAUACAACAAAAGAAAGUUACCAUAGUAAAGAGCAGUUUUACAAGUAUGUUUUUGUCAUUAUUCCAUGAUAAUGCAAGAACGAGUUAUGUAUCAAAUGAUUUUCUGGAAAUAAGUGGAAAUUAUGUGGAGACAGAAGGUACAUUUAUGUUUGGCAUUGAUAUUAAGGUACCAAAAAUACAAAUGUAUGAAAGAUUUUUUUCAAUUGAGUGUGGAAAUCUUUCCAAAUAUUUACCAGUAUGAGGAAACUUUAUCCCUAGGACAGACAUGCAACAGAAUAAAAAAAAUGUGCCUCCUAUGUAAAGGAACUUUUUUUGUCUAGAUCUUUUUAAUUUGUUUAACAGUGAAGUGUACUUCCAAGAAUACAUAUGAUAGGAAGUCUUGAACAUUAACAAACUUAAGUGUUCAUUGACAUAUCGGCCAUCCUAAUUGUGACAAAAACUACCCUGAUUACCAGGUUUUCUGAUGACAGUACAACAGGGAGUCCUCUGAUCAUGUUACUGAGAGUUCUGGUGACAGUACAACAGGGGGUCCUCUGAUCAUGUUACUGAGAGUUCUGGUGACAGUACAACAG